AUUUUUCUUACAGACAAAAUUUCUGACGGAAAAUUGCGCAUGCGUUGAAAUUGUUUUCAAGAACGCCCGACGGCGACGCUACCAUGCUGCAUUAUGGCCGCCGCGUUUGGGUGUUGUGGAUACUGAUUUUUGACGAGAGAGACUACGAACGCUAGCCGUUAUUGCCGCGUUCGUUCAGUCGUGUGAUCUCGUCGUGGAGGACCGUACAAUUUCCGUAAUCCGUAUUCAUCGUAAACAACCCUGGAAUUUCCACGCAGCGUGAGAGCGUGGGAGCAGUGUGAUCAUCUACGCCAAGGAACGAUGACGCGUGCACGUCGUUGAGAGAAAGAGAGAGAGAGAGGCUGAUCGCCGGAGCGCGGAAACGACGGACCAAGGCAAGCAUGUUAGCAGUAAAUGUCUUUGUCGAAACGUCUUUAAUCAUAUUGAUGGCAUCACUAUACGGUUCAGGGGGUGGAUAAUAGGAAUUUACUGAAAAUCCAAGAUCAAAGGCAUUCAAAACGCUGGAGAAAGACGGCGGAGCUUCGGAGGAGGGGGAGAUGUCAGCUGGCACCCAGGGCGAGAUUCGGAUUGGCCCUUCUCAUCAGGAGUUGGUUUCUUGUCAGGCCCGUUUGCCUGAGUAUCGGCCAGGUAUACCGCCCGGAGAGCUGCCACCCGAUCCCGAAUUCUCCAAAGAGCGCGAGGAGCUAAGAUGGGUACCGGCCAUGGCGUUGGACGGGGAUCUGCUCAUGUACCUGAGGGCGGCCCGUUCGAUGGCUGCGUUCGCCGGUAUGUGUGACGGCGGUUCACCGGACGAUGGUUGCGUGGCCGCAUCCCGCGACGACACCACCAUCAACGCCCUCGACAUCCUGCACGAUUCUGGCUAUGAUCCUGGCAGGGCGCUCCAGGCACUCGUCAAAUGUCCCGUACCGAAAGGCAUCGACAAGAAAUGGUCCGAGGAGGAAACUAAGCGAUUCGUCAAGGGUCUACGGCAGUUUGGAAAGAAUUUCUCGCGCAUUAGAAAGGAUCUUCUGCCACACAAGGACACGCCGGAACUGGUCGAAUUCUAUUACUUAUGGAAAAAGACACCGGGCGCAAAUAAUAAUCGACCUCAUCGGCGACGAAGGCAGAGCUCGUUACGGCGAAUCCGUAAUACGCGCAAUUCCCGUGCCGGCACACCCAAGGAAGAGGUGCCGACACCUACCAAGGACACGCCACCAACGGCCAACAUUAGCGCGAAGGAGACCGCAUCCGAGACCGAAACCGUGCCGGUCGGCACUCCGGCCAGCCACAAUCCCGGUGGCGAGGUCAGUUCCGUGACGGAGGACGACAACUCGGAGGAAGACAGCGAUUCACGCGACACCAACACGAACGGCGCGACGCAUUCGUGUCAGCACUGCUUCUCCACCAGCUCGAAGGAUUAUCAGGUAGCCGGCAAGGAUCGACUGUUGCUCUGCGCGGAAUGCCGGUCUCAUUUGAAGAAGACCGGGGAGCUGCCGCCUGCGCCACCCUAUCUAUUCCGCCCGGUGCCUGCAGAAUCGCCGGAGAGUCCCGGUAGGAUGCGCACGCGGAAUAAGGCCAAGGAGACACCGAGACCAGCGAGACCGCGACGCACCGGCGGCACGGAUACGCCCGAUCAGGAGAAGCAGCAGCAGCAGCAACAACAGACGCCCGACAAGAGUAAAAAGAAGUCGUCCGGUAAAGCGGACACGCCCAAGAAGGGUCAGAAGCGUCCGAAUCAGGUGGACGACGCCUGCAACGACGAGGACAAGGACUCGCAGAAGCGAAAACGUGGCGAACGACCCGACAGUCCGUCCGAGUCUCUCACGACAGACAGUAAUUCCCUGAUGGACGAGCCGGAGCGGGAGACGGAGGGUGACGCGAACGAGAACCAACCGACGCCGCCGACGGUCGCUGGUGUGGCCGGCGCAGAAGAGCCGGUUAGCAGUCCAGCGGUCACGACUCCGGAGGAGCCUUCCGAACCGACACCCGCAUCCACUCCGGUACCGACUCCGAUACAAACUCUACCGAUCUCGGUGCCGGUGAUACAUAGUCUAGAGAAGAAGCCACCCGUCUUGUUGGACCAAGAACCAGUGGAUCAAAACAAGCUGAUGGACCAGUCGGACCAGGACAUGCCGCUGGCCAUGAAUAAUCAGCCGUUGAAGCUGGAACCGAUGCCGAUGGAAACGACGAUGUCGCCGACCAUGUCCAACGAGGAAGCGGGCAAGGAGCCUGAGCCGAUGCAAUUGAACCUGAGCACGUCCGCUCAAUCCGGUGCGAUUCCUGGCGAAGUUUCCGCCGCAAACGCCCGCAACGUGCCGCAAACUAUACCGGGUAUUAUCACGAGCGUAGGCUCGCAAGCUACUUUGCCAAGCUCGCAGAUUCCAGUGAUAUCUCCCGGUCAGCCACAGAACAGUGGUCUGCCGACAAAUCUCGGUAUGCAAUACAUACCGCCGCCGCCACCACCGCCGGUGCAAAGCGUACCGCAGAACCUAUCGCAGAACAUGGCGUCGCAGAUGGUGCCGAGCAGUAUGGCGCCAAACGCGCCCAGCAUGGGACCAACGAACCUGCGCGGUCAUCCUGACGGCCUGUCGAGUGCUGCGCAGACACUGCCGCAGAACAUGACCGUACCGCCUCCGCUAAAUCUCAACAUCUCGCAAUCAGCCGGCAUCGGCGGCCCGAUCGGACAGAUGCCACAGAUGCCGCCGAUGCCGAGUCCGCCGCCGCAGCCGUUAGGUCUGACUGUCAUGUCGUCUGACAACAGAAACGCCGAAAGAAUGGCAGACGAGAGACUGUCGUCGAACGAGCGAUCGCGAGACAGCAGGGUUUCCGACGCUCGUAUGAUGACAGAACGCAUUCCUGAGCGUGCGAGUGAGAGCAACGAGCAGGAGCGACCGGAGCCAAGCAAUCUAUUCCAACCGAUACAAUCCGGAAUGAUGCCGAUGGAGAAACCCUCCAGUAUUUACAACCUGGCCAGUACUCCGCCGAUGGAGCCGCAGAACCUCAAAAUUAAGCAGGAAAUCAUACCGCCGGAGCCUGAUCCACUGCAGAGUCUGAAGGAGGUCAAGGUUCCAGGCUUCCAGAGUUCCUCUUUCCCCGGCCCGAGUCUGGAUAACAUCAAGAAGGAUCCCGACAGUGCGAGUAAACCGCCGACGCCGAGCAAACACUCCAUACCGGUCAGUCAGGCGAUGCCGUCGAUUCAACCGAUUGCGGCAUCGCCGACACCCACGCCGACGCCGACGCCGAGUCUGCCGCCACCGCCGAGCUCGAUCCCUCAGCCAGUGAUGCAUCCGGCGCAGCAGCCGAGUCCGCACAUGGCACAUCCCUUCCAUCCGCAUCAUCCGUUGAUGCACCAUUCGUUAUUCACCGCCAUGCAUCCAUAUCAUCCUCAUGCGUAUCCGGGAUAUCCUCCUGUCGGAGGAUACCCGUCCUUCCCGCCGUACGCUUACGGUCCGGUACCGCAUGCCAUUCCGCCGCCAUCGCCGCAACGCAGUCAAGAGAGCAGCACCAUGAUAACGGCGCAUCAUGCCAGCACCAGCUCGAGCGUCACGAGCAGAGAGGAGGGCGAGAACCUGAUGCCGAGUCACCACCACUCGUCCGGUAUGCAUCAGCAGCCGACGAACUUGCACCACGACAAGCUGCUGACCAUCUCCUCUCACAGUUCACACAGCCACUCGUCGUCACGUAGUUCGCAUAGCAGUCAACACAAACCGUCGCUUGUCUCGGCCACGUGUCUAACGUCAUCCGCCAGCGGCGCUACGCACCAUCACCAUCGGCCGCCGCAACAACAACAGCCGCCGGUCAUGCAGGAGCCGAAGAUCGAGCCGGACAUGGACCCGGAACCCGAGGAGCCCAUCAGUCCGCGCGGACAGUCGCCGGAGCCGCGUGUCGAUGACAACGAGUGUCAUCGAUCGCAGUCGGCGAUCUUCAUUAGACACUGGAAUCGCGGCGAUAACAACUCGUGCACACGCACCGAUCUGGAGUUCAAGCCUGUUCCCGAGUCAAAGCUGGCGAGAAAACGCGAGGAACGUCAACGCAAGCUGGUGGAACGGGAACGAGAGGAGCGUGAUCGCGCCGCGGCCGCAGCGCAGCAGGCCCGUAAAAUGACGACGCCCGAAAAACAGCCGGAGGUGUGCAAACCGCCCAGUCGCGGACCUCUCGAGCCCGUCGUUUCGCCUUACGAUCGCUAUGCCGCACGUCCUGGUUCGUACGCGGACACGCCAGCGCUCAGACAACUGUCCGAAUACGCUCGGCCGCACGCAGCCUUCUCGCCCGCUCGACAUCCAGCCCCGCCCGAUCCGAUGCUGCAUUACAUCUACGGGCGCGAGGCUGCGGCGCAACGAUUGGAAUUGGAGCAUCUGGAGCGCGAGAAGAGGGAACGUGAGAUACGUGAACUACGUGAAAGAGAACUGAACGAUCGGCUGAAGGAGGAGCUGCUGAAGAGCACGCCUAGACCAAUGCCACCGGCGCCACCGGUGGAUCCUCACUGGCUAGAGAUACACCGCCGAUACGCUGCUGCCGGCUUGGCACCAGGUCCUUCCGGUCCGCCUCAAGCCUUGCAUCAAUUCGGUCUGGCUUACGGAGCACCACCGGCUCCGAGUCAAUUGGAGAGGGAAAGACUCGAGCGGCUAGGGAUUCCGACUGCGGCCGGCGGUGGGCCAGCGGGUGGAGCGGCUGGCCAUCCCGUGGCAGCUCAUCACCACGGCCAGCUGGAAGAGCGGCUGGCCUUGGCCGCUGACCCGAUGGUCCGAUUGCAAAUGGCUGGCAUCUCGCCCGAGUAUCACGCUCACACUCACGCGCAUACACAUGCGCAUACGCACUUGCACUUACAUCCGGGACAGCAACAGGCCCAGCAACAGGCUCAGCAACAGCAGGAAGCCGCUGCGGCUGCGGCUGGAUUCCCUCUGCCGGCUGCUGCCGGCGCCAAUUAUCCUCGUCCCGGUUUAAUGCCACGCGAUCCUGCUCUGGCGCUUCAUCCAGCAGAACUGCUGGGAAGACCGUACGCCGACAUGGCAGCACACCAUGAGCAGCUACAACGGCAUCUUAUGAUGGAACGUGAUCGGUUUCCUCCACAUGCGUCUCUCGUAGCUCACCACGAGGAGUACCUAAGACAACAGCGUGAGCGUGAGCUUAAAGUUCGCGCACUGGAAGAAGCUGCACGUGGAUCGCGUCAAUAAUCAUAUGUUUAUUUAUAUAUAAUAUAUAUACAUAUAUAUACAUAAUAUUAUUGUUUAUAGACGCGAUAUAUAUACAU